CUCGCGGUAUACCCGGAACUUUUCACCUCCGUCAGAUACGUCCGAAUAGCACACGACCAGUAACCGUCCCUCGAAAUACUACGCGCGCACGACGUUUCGGUGUACGAUAACGUGCGCGUGUACGAUCUGGUUACAUUAUCGCAUUAUCUCAAUUUUUUUCCCGUCAUCCGGUCGUACAUCGCAUCACCCAUAACGUUAUAUUGUGUGUACGCGUGCGUUGUGUGAUCCGCAUCACUGUUAUGGUGUUUACGCGACACAGGCCACGUUCCAGAGGACCAAGCAUUACAGCGGUUACGUUUCGUUUCCGAUCGCGGUUCAUAGAAGUCGACGAGAAAAAUGAACAGCACGGAAACGGCGCUUGAACACACCGAAUUACCCGAAGAGGCGGACUGGGCUCUUGCGGACAUUCCAAACAGCAUCAACGCUACUGGACUUCUGGCCGAAGACUUGGAGGAGUACGGAGGUUUGACAGAAGUACAAACAUUAAUUUUAGCAUGCGUAGCCACAGUUAUACCUCUGUUCUUAGGGCUACUGCUCGUUCUUGGCGUGAGAAUGGUAUGGAAAAAAUACAAAAAUCACAAUACCAACAGCGGUUAUGACAACGACGGAUUGCGACGCGAAGACAGUUGCGAUGCUGUCAAAAGUUCGAGCUUUAUGCAAAGCGCCGAGGAGCUGAAGACCAGUGAAUCGCAGUAUUCCGUUCUGAUGCCAGACGAUGUGACGUCGGCGGCGGUGUGCUGCUACGCCGCGGCGAACGGUGCUUCCGCGCCGCUGCCACCGCUGUUGUACAAUAGUCCGCCCAACAAUCGUUUUGGAAACACGAACAAAACGAACCUGAACGGGAGCAUUAUCACGUUGACGAUGAAAAACAACCAUCUGAUUGUGGAAACCGAAGAAAGAGUGCCGGGCGUUUGCAUGGCAUCGGCCGGCGAGGUGGCGGCGGCCGCCGCGGCUGCCGCCGAAGCGGCCACCAAGUCGAUGGAGUACGAGUACGACGACGACGAGUUCGACAUGGAGGCCGAAAUGCUGCGUCGUGAGUUCCGAGAGGCGUCGCUGUUGGCCAACGGCAAUAGCGGCGCGACGUGCGGCCCGGCCGUCGCCGUGGACACGGCCGUGCUGGAGCCCAGCAGCCAGACCCAGGUAGACCUGACCCGCGGACCGGCCGACCGCAUCCGCGGCCGCGCACUGCCGCCGCCGCCGCACCAGCUGCAACUCGCGGCCGCCGACCACUCGAGCGGCGGUUCGUCGUCGGUGGACUCGCGCGUGGCCGAAAUGGCGUACGCUUACGGCAACCAAUCCGAGUACACGGUCGAAGACGUCGCUAGCAAACACGGCGGCAAGGGGCAGACGAUCGCCGCCGUCAAGUCGGUGGCGUCUUCAGCGGCGGCGGCCGCCACCAUCAUCAACAACAACAACAACAACAACAACGACGACGAGUAUCUGGUCGAACAGCGGUUGUUAGGAAAUGGCGUGGACGGCGGCGGCUACGCCGGAGGUGACGGUGAUUCGCCCGAAUCGCGGCCGUCCAAUGCCGAUCGUUGCUCACCGGAAGAACGCGGCGUGGCGACUACCGCCGCCGCCACUGCCGCCGUCUCCCAGUAAAAAAACAUCACCACUUGAUAUGCGCGCGCGCGAGUGUGUGUGAGUCUGUGUGUGUGUGUGUGUGUGUGUGUGUGUGUGUGUGUGUGUGUGUGUUCGUGACUUUAGGUUUACGCCGUUUGACCGUAGGUACUUUUAAUCUUUUUUUUCCCAACGUCACUUUCGACCGAGGAGUAGUUUGCGACUGUUUUCUUGCAACCUCUUUCGGGACGAUAAACCGGAGCUCGAAACGACAUAUUUUAUUGUCUUUUAUUCUCUGUCACGGAGUAAAACGGAUAGCAUGUUUUUUUGUUUUUCUCGCCUAAAACCAAUCGACUUUCAUGUAAUAAUAAUAAUAAUAAUAAACAAAAGGGUUCCGCUAAUGUUAUAUUUAACCGGUCGAUGAAUUUUACGACUAGUCCGUCUUUAAACCGUUCACUCGAAACUGUUGGAAGCCUGACAUUGCAAUCGUAUACAAUUGCCAAAACCUGCACUGGUUAAUCUCUACACUGCAGUAUGCUGCAGGUCAGUCGUCUUUUAACCCGUAACAGAUAUAAUGUCGAUUUUUUUUUUUUUUUUUGACGUUGUACGUCAACUCGGUCAAUAUGUUAACUGUUCGACUACCGGACAUAAUUGUCUAUCACGAGCAAUUCGUAUAUCCACGAUGGCUACGGAAUCCGAAAAUAUUGUGAAAUGUUAUACGUUAACCGUGAAAUUAACCGCGUUUAUCUGGGUGCUGUCAUUUCGAUUGCGACAGCGUGCAAAACUAAAGAGUAUAAUAUUAUUAUUAUUGACGUUCGCAUGGGGAAGGGGGUAUAAUAUUUACGCCGACCCAAUCGAUAUAAUAUUACGAGAUGGUAAAUUGUUAUUUUUAUUAUUUCUCAAUUCAUUAAUAUUAUAAAACAUUAACCGAUUUGUAGUGAAAACAAAACUGAUGCGGUAAAAUAAUAAAAUCGGAAAAUUGCUUUACUGAUUGUUAUUUCGGCAAAGCACACUAUUAUUGCGACGUGUCACGCGUGCUCCAAAACGCUCGGAAAUGGUAUAAAAAUCAACAUAAUAUUAUUCUCAUCGUACAUAUAACAUAUAUACGCGUAUGCCGGAUGAUUCGCAAAAACGUUGUUUGCGUUUUACAACAAUAAUAAUCGGCAAAUGAAUAAUGGUAUACAAGCGCUACAUACAUGCGACAAUAAUAAAUAAUUUACCGUAAUCGAAACUGUAAUCUAUUGAGCCAAAUGAUUUGCAAGUAGGUAUAUGUAAUUUCAAUAUAUUUUUCCAAAACAAAGGUAGCUUAAUAAAUCGUCUAUAAUAAUAUAUUAUGUAAACGACCCUACAGCUUUCAAAAUAAGCAUUUCACAAUUGGUAAAAAAUGACCAAUUAUUACCGCGAUUUCCCGGCAUCGGGGGUUAGUCGUUUCCGUAAAAAUUAUAAAAUGUAUAUGUACCAUUAUCCCAAAAUAUCUGAUGUUUAUCAGUUAUUCAGAUGGUUAUUUUAGUAACGAAAAUACACUAAAAUCAACACGAAUUAUUUAAAAUAUUUUGCGUCGCGUAAAUGAUUUUAUGAUUUAAUAUUUUAAAUUAAUAAUAUCAUAAUACACGAUGUUUAUUAUGCGGCAUAAUUCAAACACCGAAAUCGAGAACUACGAGUAGUUAUUAAACAUCAUGAUAUUGCUGCGAUGUCGGAAUAUAAUACUUAACAAUAAUUAUUUAAUAUUAUAAUAUGUUAAAAGCGUUUGUGAAAACCGUAACAAAAUGUUCUGAAAAAUAUAUUAACCAGAAAGUAUUUUAGCAAAAUCAAAAGUUUGUUUCUGAAAGACAAAUGUCAUAAAUUUGUCGUGUUUAUUUGAAAAGUAAGUUACACCGUAGUACCGCACUAACGAAAAGUGUAAACUUACUUCCUUUUGAUUAUUUAUUUCCGACGCCUUUUUCAUUAUGUCUACUAUUAUUAUUUUAUGGUUUUAUGGUUUCCGUUGUUUUACUUUUGUGACGUGUCUGCGAUCCGUAAAAGCAAUUUAAGUCAGAAGUAUAUAAAUACUUAAUGCGUUGAUCGCGAAAUUCGUGAGAAGUGGUUCUUAGCGAAUUACAAACACCUUCAAGUUCGACGUGUGUAUAACUUGUAUACAAUCAUAUAGAUUAAUAUGUACCGUUUAUCCCAAAACUUAAUUUAGUCAGUUGUAUUAUACGUAAUGAUAUAAUAAAUAUAUAAAUGUCUUCGUCGAGUGGUUCUAGUUCCUAUACAACGUAAUACAACUAAUAAUAUGCAUAGUAUUAUUGAUAAUAUGAUGAUUUCAGAAACUCAUUUUUGCAUGUAUAUACAAUAUACAUAUGUUAAUAGUUUAGUUCGAUAGCCAUUUAUUUAUUGAUAAUAUCAUAUUAAUUGUAUCUAUGUAUGUGUAUAGUGUAUUAGCACUUGGCCAAAAAUACGCGUAUUGAUCUUGUGAUUACUGCGUUUAAAAUAUACUUGUUUCGAUCGAAAAACUGUUAUAUUUAAACUACGGUUACCUAUUGAUGAUGAUUCGAAUUGUUCGAGAUUAUAGGAGAAUAUACCGAUUUAUUAUAAUAAUACAACAUCACAAUAAAGAGUUUGAAUAAAACUGCAAUAGGUUGUUACAGAUAAAGUAUGAAAUCGGACGUUGUAUCCACAAUGAGCAGGUUGAUAUUGGGCCCCAUCACUGUAAUGAUAAAAGUAGAAAAUGUAUACGUUGUCACCUUGUCGAAACAUUUUACAGGAUAGAUAAAUCUCGAUGGGCGAUGUAUGUCACCAAAUCCGAAGAGAAAUGUUUAUUAAUAUCACUAUCGUUUUGUUUGUCGUCAUCUAAUGACUUAUGACCAAAGACGUGAUCGUAAUAUUAUGAUAGUGUGAGGAAUGCUAUAUUUUUUUAAGACCAGUUUUGAAAUCUAUUUAAAGAAAAAGUACUCAUCUACCAUAAUUUUUCAUGAUCUACGUAAUUAUUAUGUCAAUUACCUAAUGAUUGCAUUAGAUUACAAAUGUUCUCAUUUAAGUUAAUUUAAUUUUAAUAACUCUCAGCAAUAUAUGUAUAAUCAAAAUCGAUCUAUUAGAAAUUAGAAUACUAUAUAAUCGGUAGGUAAUUGGUAUAUUGUGUACACUCAUUUUUUUAAUGUCAAAUUUUACAUAAUUAAUACUUCUGAGUUUUGAGAUAUCUCUUUAUGAAUUUCGAACCAAAAAUGAACUAAAAUAGUAAAAUUA